UUCACGCCGAUUGGUUUGGUUGGUACAAUUGAUAUUUGGUCGAUAGAAGAAAAGUCUAGCAAUUUCCACGAUUUUUGACCAUUUUUUCACGAAAAAAGUCCAGUCAAGAUGAGUGGCGAUGAUAAUCAGACUGAGCAAUUCGAUUCCCUCUUCCUGUCAAUAGCCCAGCACCAUCCGCACGGCGCUUCGCAGUUAUUGGACACUUUUGUGAGUUUUCUAAGCCGCAAGACGGAUUUUUUCACCGGGGGCGAGGAAGGAGCAUGGGAAAAGUUAGUAAUGAGCACAUUUAGGAAAUACGAACAAGUUAGUCGUAAGAAACACGAGACGGAGUUAAAAGAGCGUCGGGAACGUGAAGCCGCCAAAAAGAAGAAACAGCAAGAAGAGGAGAAGGUAAAACCGGCGGAAAUCACCGAAUUGACUGAUGCUGAGGCUGAAAAGUUGCAAGCCGAGUUAGAUGCUAAGAAAAGUGGGGUGAGUAAUGGGGCCCCAGCUGUUGAGAAAAUUGAAGAGGAUGAGGAUGCCUCAGAGAUUGGGAAAUUGAAGCCAAACAGUGGCAAUGGAUGUGAUUUGGACAAGUACAGGUGGACGCAGACUCUCCAAGACGUUGAGGUGAGGAUACCGCUCAAAAUCAAUUUCCGAGCGAAACAAAAAGAUCUGGUCGUGAAUCUGACAAAGAAACAUCUGACAUGCGGAAUUAAAGGCCAGCCACCGAUUGUCGAUGAUGACUUCCCGCACGAAAUCAAGCUGGAAGAAUCCACGUGGGUGAUUGAAGACGGACACACGCUUUUGUUUAAUUUGGAAAAGAUUAAUAAAAUGAACUGGUGGUCGAAGUUGGUUGUUUCCGACCCGGAGAUCAGUACGAGGAAAAUUAAUCCGGAGCCGUCCAAGUUGAGCGAUCUGGAUGGGGAGACAAGGGGGCUCGUGGAGAAGAUGAUGUACGAUCAGAGACAGAAGGAGUUGGGGCUGCCGACCAGCGACGAGCAGAAGAAACAAGAUGUUAUCAAAAAGUUUAUGGAGCAGCACCCCGAAAUGGACUUCUCAAAGUGCAAAUUUAAUUAGGGCACUCACCUCUUGUUUGUAUUCAUUCUUUUGCGUAUAAUAAAAUUUUUAAAUAAAAAAACA